UGAAACAGAAACCGAUCUCGUCGCUCUUUCUCUAGAUGAUGAUAGCUCGAUCUCUAUCCCGUUCACUUUCUCUAUCUAACGGCCGUUUCGCCGCCGGGUCAUCCUCUCUUCUCCCUUCGUCACAACUUGUUUCAUUCCGAUCUCAAUCGUCCGAUCGUCGGGGAGAUCUGUACGAGAUUGAUACCUCCGCGGCUUCGCAAUCGCCGUCGGAUCCUUUAAUACAGAAGCUAGAGGACGCCGUUCACCGGAUAUUUGUGCGCCGAGCUCAACCUGAUUGGCUUCCUUUUGUUCCUGGUGCGUCUUAUUGGGUCCCGCCUCCUGGAUCUGGAUCUCAGUCUCAUGGAAUAGCUCAGCUCGUUGUGAAACUCGCGAAUCCGUUAACCCACGAAGAAUCUUUAUCUACCAAUUCUUCUCAUGGAUGGCCUUCCUCCGAUUAUUUCCUUAAAGGUGUACAACCUCAAUUGAUGGAGAUCAAGACCGAGGCAGCUUCAAAUACUGAGUCUCACUCCGAGGACGAGGAAGCGUAAAUUGACACUACUCGUUUGGGCUCUUCAGGAUCUGUAGAUUGUCAAGAUUACGAGCUGCCAAGACGACCAAGAGCAAGUGCAAAGACGUGAAAUAGACACCAUAUUUCUAUACCUGAUCCCGAAAUGUGGAAUAUCGAAUAAGAGUAGUUGUUGUAGGCUUGUAGCAUGUCCCUCUGUUUCUCUUUUUCACAGUUGUUGUAUAUAUCUCUGUUUCCUUGCUCUUUCACUUAUUUAACAAAGAGUUUAUGUUAAU